AAACAGUUUGACCUCGCCGUACUCGACUUCUCCAAAGCGUUCGACAAGGUGCCACACAGACGACUCUUGGCUAAACUAGACCACUACGGUAUUCGAGGAACUACUCUGCCUUGGAUUAGAUCGUUUCUGUCAAACAGAUCCCAGAGGGUAAUUGUUGAUGGCGCUACGUCCGAGCCAGCACCCGUAGUCAGCGGAGUCCCACAGGGAAGCGUACUCGGGCCCAUAUUAUUUCUGGCGUUUAUCAACGAUCUGCCACUUCAGGUUUCAUCCAGCACGAGACUGUUCGCCGAUGACUGUGUGGUUUACAGACAGAUAGACAACCAAUCAGACUGCAACCAACUACAAACUGAUCUACACAACCUAGCUAAAUGGGAAGAAAAGUGGGGGAUGUCCUUCCAUCCGGAAAAGUGUAGCAUCUUGCGGGUUCACAGGAAGAGAUCUCCAACUGUACACGAUUACAAACUUAAGGGCCAUACAUUAGAAACAGAAGACUGUACAAAAUACCUUGGUUUGAACAUCUGUACCAACCUCUCCUGGGACACUCACAUCAGUAAGAUCGCUAAGAAGGGCAAUUCAACCUUGGGAUUUCUUCGACGCAAUCUACGUAUCUCAAGUGAAGAAACGAAAGCCCGCGCCUACAACGCUCUAGUGCGCCCACAACUUGAGUAUUGCUCAACAGUCUGGAACCCCUACACCAAAACACACAUUAGGAGGCUUGAAAUGGUUCAGAGAAGAGCUGCAAGGUAUGUGACAAAACGCUAUCACAACACCAGUAGUGUAACAUCCAUGCUGGAAGAUCUUGGAUGGGAGACCUUAGAAUCGCGUAGGACCAAGGCACAACUGACCAUGAUGUAUAAGAUCGUGAACAACCUGGUCGACAUACAAGCUGAUUCCUACCUCACUCCCUCCAACCGCUCCACAAGAACCUCUAACAACAGGAACUUUACACAGAUAUCGACUUCUACCUCUUACUACAAGUUCUCCUUCUUUCCACGGACCAUCACAGAGUGGAACAAGCUACCAUCAAGCAUUGUUGAAGCCCCAGACUUGGUAUCCUUCAAGCAGGGGCUGUCCACCGUCUUCUCUUAAGGGUUAGGGGUCAGUUACAAGUAGCUUUCGAGGAUUCUUAAGGCUGUGCCGGCAGUGGCCACCAUAACCGGAUUGGCUUAGGUUAAGGAGGUGAAAACGUAACUGACAAUAAGUACUUUAGACUUUUUCU